AUUUGCUGACACAACUGCAUAUACGGAUAAUACCUAUUCAAUAUCAUCCACAAGGGGUACUUUAGCUCUAUUUUAAUUGUUCGUAGAAGAUUUAAAAAUGAAGAAGGCCUUCGUUAUUGUGGUAAAACUUUACUAGACCGGAGUACCCUUAGCAUUGUGGUGAACGGGGGGAAAAUGUGUAUUCGACGGCCGCGCUUUCUGUUUACCGGCCUGGUGGUGAGAUACGUUAAUUAUCGUACAGAAACGUCCACAAAAGACGGGGUAGUCUUCUGACAUUGAAAUCAUACCCUGGUGUAGUACCCAGACAAGACUAUUGUUGGCGUGCAUGAUUUUCCUCUACAAUAUCAUUUGCGUAUAUUGUGGUAUUCAGGACAGGUGGGUUAAUGUGAGAGAUUUUAGGCUGUGUUGAAAUAUAUUUUUUCUCUGGAGACACUAACAAGACAUUUUUUUUUCCAAACUGGAAUUAUAUUCUGUAAGUAAAUCACGACGAAUACAAAGAGAAAACGGUAACAACAAACCAAUUGUUCGACGAAGUUUUGUGCGAAUGAAGACAGGGAAAGGACACGACAGAAACAGAGAUGUCGUCAUCAUUACUGUCUCCGACCAAAAACAAUCAGGUUUCCUACAUCGACGUGGAACAUACAAAAGACAGUCUGUCUGAUGGAUCUUACAGUGAAAUAGAGGUAAAACCCAAAGAAGUCCGAUGUGAAAAUUGCAGGAAGAUCGUCCUGCAGGUGAUUGGAGUGGGACUGUGUGGAAUUGUGUUUGGUAUCGCCAUGGAAAAGUCUAGAGUAUUUGAACCGAAGAGUAUUCGAGACCAGAUGGUGUUUGAGAAUUUCAUCAUGUUAAAGAUGUUUCUCGCUGCGGAAGCAUUCGGCCAGAUCAGCAUGUCCAUUCUCUCGUUGAUUCCCGCCACCAAAGGGAAGUUCGAAGACGCAUCGAAAGAAUUCAUCUCGUGUUUUACAGACAAGGGUAUUCUCUCUAGUGCCUUGGGCGCAUUCGUGCUCGGUUCUGGGAUGUCGCUUUGUGGAGGGUGUCCCGGGAUGGUUCUGCCUCAAGUCGGAGCCUGGGUCCCUAACUCACUAUUCACUUUGAUUGGAUGUUUGAUCGGUGCUCUGUCAUACGGGUUACUUGGUACUCAUAUUUCCCGUCUAACGAAACCAAAGAUCUGCUUCAAACACCAGCAAGUCCACGAGAAAUUCAAUAUACCGUAUGCCGCCAUUGCUCUGCCCAUGGCGUUUGUCCUUACUGUGGUGAUCUUCAUAAUGGAGUGGUUCUGGCCUCAUGAAAAGGAUCUGGAGAGUUUGGGACGAGCAGCCGAACUCAAGUCUAAUGUGAUUACAACGAUAUCCUGGCCGCCCUACGUAGGAGGUAUCCUUAUUGGUGCGCUGCAGAUUCCCGUGAUCCUCUUGGUGCGCGAUACGAUUGGCGGAUCAUCAGGUUACGUCACAGUAGUCUCGCAGCUCUUUUUCACGAAAAAUCUACAGAGGAUGUUUCCCUACCUCGCCGACAGGAGAACGGGUGUAUCAAAUUGGUGGCAGGUUGUAUAUGUCACGUGUGCCAUUGGGGGCGGGGCAAUUUCCGCUGCGACUUCGAAUUCCUUCGGUAAAGCCCUAGGCGUCCCUGUAUACCUGGCGUUGAUUGGGGGUAUUGCGAUGAUCUGGGGCUCCCGCUUAGCUGCAGGCUGCACAAGUGGUCACGGAUUAUCAGGAAUGGGACUCCUUUCAUGGCUUUCCUUCAUAGCUGUGCCUUGCAUGUUCGGAGGGGGGAUCGUCACUGCGUUUGCUAUGCAGGCUACUGGGGCCUUGGACACUUAUGUUACAUCUAUAGGCGAAAUCAGUUGAAUGCCUGAACAAAACAAACACCAAAAAAAUAUACUAGCCAAACCUUAAACGAAUCCAUCUCCGGAGAAAACCUAAUAAAUUGAAGUAACCGGUGAUUUAGUGCAAUACGUGAUCCAGGAAAACGGUUAUUUAACAUGACUUCUUCUGUGUUCAUUAACAGUAUUAUAAUGAACUGUAACAGCAAACUUGCCAAUGGAAUAUUCACCCAGUUUUCUUCUGAACUUGGACAGCACGAUUUCUUAGGUGAAAACUUGAUCUAUACAUAUGUAUAUGUAUAUGCUGAACACCCACGUGUACUAUUCUUCUUCUUGGCUGAAGUAUCCUUUCAUUUCCUCAGCGGUUACAUGUUACGCUGAAGUCUUCCGAAUUAUUUUUACCAGGGCGUUUUCAACCAAAUUAUUAUUGAUAUUACAUGCAUGCUUUGAUAUUACGCUAUGGCAUUAUAUAAUCCCUAUGUACUGUAAAGGGGACAUAUUCACCUGGAUUUUAUUUUCGUUAUAUUAACGAUAAUAUUAGCGAUCGCGAAAAUAAAACCAUUGCAAUGUACUGUUCAAAGUAUUUGGGGGUAUGAAGUCAUAUAUGACAAGAGAUUUAUCCGCGAAAUUGAAGUCAUAGUGAAAAUCCGAAUGACAGAAAUCGCGAAAUUUUAGCUCCGCAAAAUUAAAGUCCUUUACAGUAUGUUUGCAAGAAUUCAAAUCGCAAGAAGAAAAAUGAUAAUUGAUAACUUCGCUGUAGUAAUUAUUUCACCUUCUGGGACAGUUUUUAUCAUUUAUAUAAGCGAAUAUAUAGGUAUAGAAAUAUACAUUCAACAUGCGUACCUCAUGAAGGUAAACGGAUUUCUACUUAGCUUCCUGAAUGGAAAAUGCCAUAUUGCUUUGCUAUUAUAAAGGUAUAUCAAUAGUUAUUGCACACUGCAUCAAUAAAAACGAUGUACCUUUUGAAAGGUAUUCUAAUGCAAAUAUUGAGGACUCUUAUCUCGUUUAAAACACCUCUAAGUAGAGAUGAUGAUGAUGAUAAAUUAUUAUUAACACCCUUGAGUUUGAAACAGAUCUAGACGUCCAUCUACAUUUUAUAUUUGAUGUAGAUUUCUAUCAAAAUUUACUUCUAUGCACAUACUGUUUUGUGGUCUCUUUUGCCCUUUACUUCAUCGAAGCAUGAUUAAUGCUGCUGAUCGCAAGAUACAUGCAUAUUCAUUUUUAUUCGUUGCAAUUGUUAAACAUAUUCAUUGUUGUAUGUGAGACGAACGUGUCUUGAAUGUUAAUUAUUUAUUGAUUGUUAUCAUAUGUAUCUAUUGUGCCAAAUCAUAUUUAUAUAACUGCAAAUAAAAAAGUAUUAUUCAAUUAUUAAA